CUGCUCUCUCUCUCUCUCUCUCUCUCUCUCUAUACCGCGUCUUCCUCCAUAUUAUUAUCGGAUAAGAGAAACCCUUUUAAGCGAAGUAAGAAGAGUGGGGGAGCUUCGAAAUUAGUAAAAAUGGCGAACUCCUCUCUCAUGGCGACUCGCCCUUCCCCUCUCCCCUGCCUCCACCGAAACCCUCCCAAAACCCUACCCCUCUCCUUCCACCUCCACCUCCCUUCCUCCUCCCCUUCUCCCAGGAAAGGUAAAUCUCUCAAGGGCGGCUUCGUCUCCCCUAAAGCUGCCUACACAGGUGGAUUCUGGGCUCAAGAUCGAGCUCAGAGGAGUGGGCUUUGGUCUAUCAGGGACGAUCUGGUGGUGCCGUCGUCGCCGUACUUUCCGGUGGAGGCGCAGGGAGGGCAGGGACCCCCGCCGAUGGUGCAGGAGCGGUUCCAGAGCGUCAUCAGCCAGCUCUUUCAGCAUAGGAUAAUUCGGUGCGGUGGUGCGGUAGAUGACGACAUGGCGAACAUCAUCGUGGCGCAGCUGCUCUAUCUUGAUGCUGUUGAUCCUACCAAGGAUAUCGUUAUGUAUGUUAAUUCUCCAGGAGGGUCGGUUACCGCUGGCAUGGCUAUUUUUGAUACAAUGAGACAUAUCAGGCCUGAUGUUUCUACAGUUUGUGUUGGACUAGCAGCUAGUAUGGGUGCUUUCAUUCUGAGUUCGGGUACCAAAGGGAAGCGCUACAGCUUACCCAACUCCCGAAUAAUGAUUCAUCAGCCUCUCGGAGGAGCCCAGGGUGGACAAACUGAUAUUGACAUCCAGGCUAAUGAGAUGCUACAUCACAAGGCGAAUUUGAAUGGCUAUCUAGCAUACCAUACCGGUCAACCGCUCGAGAAGAUCAACCAAGACACCGACCGGGACUUCUUCAUGAGCGCAAAAGAAGCCAAGGAGUACGGCCUAAUCGACGGAGUCAUCAUGAAUCCCCUCAAAGCCCUUCAGCCCCUACCAGCUUCCGAGCAGUGAACGGAGUUUCCGCCUCAGAGUUUUCUUUUAUUAUUCGGAAAACUAUAUACAUAGCUGAAAUGGUCUAAUCUGUGCUGCUCUGCAUUGCGGAAAGUGUGCAAUUCUAGGCUCGGAGCACGAAUGGGCUAAAAUAGAUCAUUCAGCUGUUUUGGCGAAAGCGUUGUAUCGGUAUAGAUUACUUUUAAAUUUUUGCCUUCUAUUCUAAGCAGCUGAAAAUUCGGUUGGAUGCAUUUUUUUUGCUGGUAUUCUUAGCAAAAUAUUACUAUAUUUUAAGGAAACGGGUACACUGUGGGUGGUUGGUAUGUGACAAUUUUGCUUGCUAUAAUGAUGGAACGGAGGAUCAAUCUGAAGAGUGAGAUGGUGUUAACAACAACUAUUUUUAAUUCCUCCGUUUGUUUCCUGCUGGAGCAACCAGAAGCAAUCUUGUGGUUUAA